UUUUUUUCCUCCUUCCAGGCUGUGCUUUCGGCGAUCAUUUUGGUGGCUUUAAAGAACAUGUUGAUGCAAUUCCAUGACUUUCCCAAGUUCUAUAAAAACUCCAAGCUGGACGGAUUGCUCUGGUUGGUCACCUUUAUUGCCGUGAUCGUGCUCGACAUCGAUAGUGGACUGAUCAUUGGUAUUGCGGUGGCUCUCCUGGUCCUUUUGUUCCGGAGUAUCUCGACAAACAUUCAGGAAGUUGGCCCAGUACCGGAAACGGGAUUGGUCGUCGAGAUUAAAGAGAGUGAGUUUGCCAUUCGACCUCGAGAGGCUGUGAUCUUGCGCAUUAGUGGUGCUAUCAACUUUGCAAAUUUCGAAAGUGUCAUCGACCGACUGAGGAAAAAGGUUCUGAAACUCCAGUCAGAAGAUCGAAAAUUGGUCGUCUUGGACAUCUCCAAUGUUCCCUACAUGGAUCAAACGGGUGCCAAAAAGAUGUGCUUGUGGUUGAAAGAAGACAAGGGAUCCGAGAGGGUUUUGGCUGCACCCACGGGCAAAGUGGAACGCAUGUUGAAACGAUUUGAGGUAGACCCAAACAAGCUCUAUCCUACUGUGAUGGAUGCCUUGCUAAAGAAGAGCCUCUCUGGAAUCAAUCCCGCUACGACGAAAACGGACCCCAAUUCCCUUGAGAAGGAACAUACAGAUCACGGAGAAGACAACCGAGGAUUUCAAGGACAGUCUGAGGAGGUCAAGACGCCCACAAAUACUUUCGAUCAAGGAGAUACGCAACUGUGAAAAGAAACGCCAGAAACAUUGUACAUUGACGUUCCACCAAAGUUAAAGAUAAUAAUACUUCUUCUGAAAUAGACAAACUUAUCCAAGCCA